AUGCCCAAAAGUACUUUUCUUAUUUCCACUCUUGACAAGCCAAUGGGCUCUAUUAUGAGGGCGCUUAACAGUAUAACAAAGCAGUCAGAGACACCCAUAAAAUUCAUAACGAUUAAUAGAAUGAUUCAUCAUGAUGCGUCCAGAAAGGGUCAAAACCACUGUGGACAGAAAAUCCGUACACAAAUCCAUUCAGCAGCCAAACUUGAAAAUGAAGUCGAGUAUCCUGUUCAAGUUCAAACAAACCAUUGUAAUCACGGGAUAGAUGAAAACCACAUGGAAAAUAUCGGACACUUGAUAAAUGAAUUGUCGGAUGGAUUCUUGCAUGUCAUGUAUUUCAUUGAAGACUACAACCCUGAAAAAGACAGCCCGACUAUAUUGCUACUUUGCCUCUUAAAGGAUCUUCUAUCGACCAGUGAUCUCAACAAAGAUAAAAACACGACCCAGCAAAGACUAUUCAAGAUACUAUUUGGAGUUGUCCCAAUGCCCGAUAGCCUUGUUCCCAAAUGGAAAGUAAUCUGCGAGUGGGCACGCUACCUUCGAUACACAAAUGACUGGAACACUUGGAUGCGGUUUGGACUCUCUGCAUUUAACAAGGCCUGUAUCGUACACAAAAGGUCUUCUCAUGUUCAUUUAAGAUCUACACAUCUUGAUGGGCAGAACCUAAAGGCAGUUGAUAGUGAUUAUGGAAAAAAUAUCAAUGUAAUUCAGCAAGGCAUACUAGGGAUAGAUUUAAAUAGUACAUGA